GGGCCAAUGCAAAUCGAGACCGACAAAUCUCUACGGAUUUCUCCAGCCGGGACAAAAGACGCACAUCAUGCUGAAGAUUCAGCUCUGUACGGCCGCGAGGGACCCCAAUGUUGAAUUUAGGACACUCUCGUCACACACAUGAUGAUGCGAUGUUCCGUUCUCCGAGUCUCAGUCUGGGUAUCCUGCGUGGGAUGAUGGAUCUUCCCAAUCUCUCACCAACUAUCAUGCCAGGCAUUGCGAUACUCGGUGCAGGCAUCUUUGCCAAAGAAGCCCAUCUCCCCGCCCUUCACAAACUCGGGUCCAAGGCCCCUCCCCUCCUGGCAGUCUACUCUCGCUCCGAGAAAACCUCGCGUGAGUGUGCCGAAGCCGCCGCAGAGCUCGGUCUCGGCCCCACACCCGCACCUGUGAUCUACCACGACGCCGAGCCGUCCGUCAAUCUCGACGCCUUGCUCGCACGGGCCGACAUAACCGCCGUGAUCAUCGUCCUCCCCAUCACGCUCCAGCCCGCCAUCGUUCUCAAGGCCCUCGCGGCGGGCAAGCACGUCAUCAGCGAGAAGCCCGUCGCUCCGGAUGUCGCGGGUGGGAUCAAGCUCAUCAACGAAUACGAGCAAAAGUACAAGCGCGAUCUCGUCUGGCGCGUUGCCGAGAACUUCGAGGCGGAGCCGGGCUACCGUGCUGCAGGCGAGAUGAUCGCGACUGGUAAGAUCGGUCAGGUGAAGCUCUUCAAGGCCAACGUGAGCAACUACAUCGACAAGAACAACAAGUACUACAACACCCCGUGGCGGACGAUACCCGAUUAUCAAGGUGGCUUCCUGGUGAUUGGACGGAGGCGUGCAUACCAUCGCUGCCUGCGCGUGAUGCUCCCGGAACCGCUCACCCAUCUCUCUUCCAUCGCAUCUCUCAACCGCGAGCACCUCAAGCCGCACGACACGAUCCACGCUCUGGCCCGAGCUGGCUCGCAUUUCCACGGCAUCGUCGACAUGUCCUUCGCUUCCCCGACCGCGUCUACGCCGAAAGCCGACGCUUUCGUGAUUACCGGCUCCAAGGGCUGGAUGACGGUCAACUUUGAGAAAUCCGAUGGCAAAAAUACCGUGUUGCGCGUCGUUGUCAAGCGCGCGAUCGAGGUCGAGGGACAGCCGACAGAAGAAAUCGAGGAGGUCUACGAAGUGCCGCAACGCGGGAUCGAAGAAGAAUUUGGGGCGUUCUUCGACGCGAUCGCUGGCAGAGAGAGCCAAGACUUUGGAAGCCCGCUGGGAGCACUGCGAGACGUGGCGUUCAUCGAAGCGGCACUAACAAGCGAAGGAAAGGUUGUUGACCUCGGUGCGCUGGUGGCUGGCACACACUGAGGAGCAGGACCUGGAAUCGCUCUGGAUAAAUAUCAAUGUACGAUCGCAGAGACGCUCAAGAUAUUGGGAGCAAGUUCAUGAUAAAGCUACAUAAAUUCAUAUCGAGGACAACAGCACGUAAAGAAUCUCUCCUCGAACCUCUCCUUACUGGAUCACACACUUUCCUCCUCCGGGCUGGAAGUUAGGGUCGGUCAGCUUGGCCAGGCGGGUGUUGAAUUUGGCAUUUCCAGCCUGUCCCUGUGCAUGCAAUCCAUUUUCAGAAGGAUCAAGGUGGAGAGGAGAAUGAAUGGCACCUUGAUGAUGCGUAUUCUGGAUCACCUAAACGUCAAGAAGAUGCAUAAAGAAAAAACAACGCAAUGGAAAGAAGGAAUCAAACAAAGCUGACCAAGCGGAUGGGAGGGAAAGAGAAAUGAAGAUCUAGCGUGUUCGGUCCUUGCUUUCAUCAGCCCGUCAUCUAACUGCGCCAUCUUCCUCACCCGCAUCUGAUGCACUCUGAUGCACUUCAAUCCUCCUUCUGGCGGUAUUUCCACAUCAUCGCUUACCGGGAGUGACUGUCGUCCUCCAUUCAUGAAACAAGUGCAAUGUCUAUCGGAUUGGCGGCGCCCCAUCCCGCCUGGAAGCUCUACGAGGUUAGCCAAACUCCGCGCGAGUCCUGCUUCAGAAUGAAUAGCUGCCUUGCGCACACGGUGCCUCCCCAAUCAUCGAGUGAAGCCCUCUUGCGAUUCCGGGUUCGAAACACAGAGUAAGAUGAGCCUCCCCAAUCCCGGCAUACCUGAGACUUGGAAUUCCGGGAAUUCCGUACCGGCACCGAGUCCCGAAAAGCCGCAUCAAAUUCCAGGAAACGCGCAACGCCCACCGCGAAUUACAGUAAUAGCUUAGAAAUCGUAUUCUGUGCUCCAGCAAUGUUCCAAGGACAUCUGAGGGCCCCCGAUACGCAUAAAUCCCAACUUUGUCACAUAUUCGUGUCAGAAACAGAGAGGAAGCGGCCGCAGGCACACCGGCGG